AUGGAGUCCACUUCCCCUCCAGUCCCACUAUCACAUCGAUUCACCUUAGAGCUUGAGUUCGUUCUUUGCCUAGCAAAUCCCCAGUAUUUGCAAUAUCUAGCCAUCACCUAUCUACAUCUUCUCAACAAACCUCAACACGCCGCAGAUGCCGAGGACUCGGACGCAGCUCGUUUCGCCCGCUAUCUCAACUACCUUUACAAUUACUGGCGCACUCCCGAAUAUGUUCACUAUCUUACCCAUCCUGGAGCUACCCUGAGAAACCUCGAACUCCUUCAGCAAGAACAAUUCCGCAAGGAUGUUAUCCGACCCGAUGUCAUUGCAAGGCUAUACGAAAUGGCUCCAACAACACCCCAAGAUACAACCGCAAAUGCUCCUAUCGCUCUAAAAGAACAAGAAGUAACUGAAUGA